GGAUAAGCAGCAACCAAAGGGGAAUGAUCACCUGAGCUCUGGCUCUUGGCCAUGGGCGCUCUGUUCGUUAAACCUAAACCUAAAGUCCAUCAGCAAGCGAAAACAACCCAACCAAAGUCCAAGACCAGUUUAGUUAGUGAAGAUGAAGAUGAAAUUAUUCAAAGGAAGUAUACCCUAAAGAAAAAAAUAGUGAAAAACAAGAAAAAAGCAGCCAUUCAGGUGCAGGCCUGGUGGCGUGGGACCCUGGUGCGCAGGGUACUGCUGCACGCAGCCCUCAGAGCCUGGGUCAUUCAAUGCUGGUGGCGGCUGACGCUCAGAAGGAUCCUGGAGAAGAAACGGAGGAAAGCAUUGAUCGACUUCUCGAACAUGGAGAGAGCGGUGGUGACGCUCCAGUCUCUGGUUCGGAUGUGGCGUAUCCACUGGCGCUACUGCCAGGUCCUCAGUGCUAUCUAUACCAUCCAGGGCCACUGGAAAUACCACAACUGCCAGGCAUGCUCGCUCCUGCGGGGUCACUGUUUGAUCACCACCACUCACCUGCAGUUCCAUAUUGAGAUCAUUGACCACUGAGGGCUGACAGGAAGAGAUGCUGUGUCUCUGGUCCUCAGUAAAGGUCUCUGUGGUUGGUA